UUGAUGAAACUGGUUCCAAAUUUUGAGAUAGUAAUAAAUGAUCAAAAAAUUAUUGUGUUAGUUAUAUUGAGUUUUUGGUAAAGAGUAGAUGAUAGUUGUGUAUUACAAUAAAUAUAAAAAUAAUUGUUUAAAAUAUGUCACGAGUUUACUCAUGGAUUGAGUCUUUCGAAAGGCUGAGUGUCGGAACUAGUCCUCUAAUUGAUUCAUGGCCGUUGUUUGGCUCACCAAUUCCAGUUGCGUCUAUUCUGUUGUUUUAUAUUACUUUUGUUUUAUUUUUGGGUCCAAAGUGGAUGAAUAAUCGAGAUCCAUAUAAAUUGCGUAUUAUCAUUAUACUGUACAACGCUUGUCAAGUCUACUAUAAUUGGUGGAUUAUUAAAGAGAUGUUAACCGAAAAGCAGUUUAUCCCGAAUUUCCUUAAUUUUGGAUGCACAAAUGUUACUGAAACAGAACGAAUUCGUUUUCGCAAUGAAACAUACCGAGCUUAUUGGCAUGGAACAAUGAACAAAUUUCUUGAUUUACUUGAUACUGUAUUUUUUGUCUUGACAAAAAAACAGAAUCAUGUCACAUUGUUGCACGUGCAACAUCAUACUGCCGCUGCUGCCGUUCUAUGGAUUGUAGCAAAAUAUUAUUCAGGUUUAGAGAUCAUGGUUGUAGGCCUUUGUAAUAUGACAGUUCACAUGGUCAUGUAUUUUUACUACUUUGUUUCAUCACUAGGACCAUCUUUUAAAAAGUAUUUGUGGUGGAAAAAGCAUUUGACUUUACUUCAAAUCUUUCAGCUUAUAGUAAUAAUAACAUACAACACAGUCGCGUUAUGGUUUGCAUGCAACUUUAAUAAAAAUAUAAUUGCUUUAUUAUGCAUAGAAACUGGAAUUAAUUUAGCAUUGUUUUUGAAUUUUUACGUUAAAAGCUAUGGCCAUAAAAAUAAUUUUAAUAUGUUGGCUAAAAAAAUAGCCAUUUGUGGAAGUUUGCAAAUUGAAAAUGAAGACAAAGAUAAAAAUAAUAAUAAUAUAGAAAAUUUUCAAAAAACUCAUAAAAAGAAAAAUUAAAAUCAUCACUUGCCUUUAUUUUAAAAUUUAGUUCUUUUCUUAUCAUGAAAGGUAAAAUCAUUUUGUAAAACAUUAAAAGUAUCCUUCCGACAAUGUAAAUCAAACUUUUAUUUAGUCCGUAGAAAAAUUGUACAAAUAUGAAGAACACGACAAUAAAAUAUAUUAUUAUUAUUAUUAAAUCAAACUUUAUGACAACAAUAUCGGUUAGAUAAUGUGUCAGAAUGCGUUAUGAUGGUCCAAAUGUAAAUAUAUUUUACAAAUAAAAU